AUGGGGAAAAAGAGCAAAAAACACCAGGACCGCAUCGAUCCGUGGGAUACGGCCGACGAUUACCGCCAUGAGACUGAGUCUACGAGACAGAGUAAUGGCAACAGGGGACGGGACAGAGGUUGGAAUGAGGAUUGGACCUCUGCCAUCCCCAAUAACAGACACGAUGACGUAACCUCUGAAGGUCGGGAACCGUCAGUUGCGCAGACUGACUUUGAAUUUGACCCUUAUCUUGUCCUUGUGGAAGACCUGAAAAUGAAGAUGGAAGCUAGCCGGACAGUUGCGGAAGAUGUCCUUGUUUUCUAUACACAACAUCAACUUGAAAUUCAGAAGGUAAAUACAACUCGGCAGCGACUUAACGAGAUGACGAAGAAGUGCAGCGAUUACAGCAUUGUUAUCAGCAGCCUUCAAAAGUUUGAAGGAGAGAAAAGGCAAGAGUUAGACAAGGAAGCGGCAACUAUUAAAAAGGACAGAAAAGAACUGGAUGUCUUGAAAGAAGAAGUGGCCAGACACAAGCAGCAAUUGGCGGAAGAGAAGCGCGAAUUUGAGGACAUGAUAAGAACAAAAGAGGCAGAACAACUCUUGAAGCUACAAGAGGAGAAGGCGAAACUUGCAACCGAGCAUAACAAGAAAUAUGACAAGCGAGUAGAAGAACUUGAGAAGGCAACGAAGAAAAGCCAAGAUGAUGAUAGGAAGAAAAUUUUGGAUCUGGAAAUCAAGAAUGACGAGCUUGUGCAGGGUCUCGAGGAGCAGAGACGCAAAUUGAAAGAUACUGAGAAAAGAUGCAGGGACGUAGAAAAGUUAAGGAGUCUCUCUGAAACAGAAGUCGAAGACUUAAGCCAAAAGUUAAAGAUGGCAGAGAAUGAUCAAAGCGAAUUUCUCAAGAUACACAACGACGUUCAUGCUAUCUCUUCCCGAUAUGUCGAACAAAUAAAAGUUAAUGAUCUUGACGCCGAUGUACACGACAAGAUUGAGGAAGUAGAUGACGAUUUUAUAUCUGUUCCUAUUUCCAACAGCAUCGUUUCUAAAGAGCUUUGUCUUGCGCACUUUCAACGAGUCAUCUCCUCUCAGCUUCAAGCUAUCCUCUUGCAUCCAUUCUCAUCUGAGAUAACCGUGCAAGACCCAAAUCAAACUUCGCUACUCAAUCAAAUCUACUAUGGGCUGGCUGAGAGUUUCCACGAAGGCAAAAGCAGCCUUCGCGCUGCAAGAACUUGGGCGGCUCUCACCAUGCGCAGUCUCCACUCACAAUCAACGUCAACUAUACGCGCGGAGAUAUUCACGGACAAUAUAAUGAAGGUACUGUCACUCCUACUCAAUCCCAAGAUACAUCCAACUCUUCGAAAAGACCUCACCCACCUCGCUACGUCCGCCAUCUCCUUGUGUAGUAUUGUUCAAACCGACAGGCUCGAACUACAAGUACAUCCUACUCUUGACCCAGCAAGCUUCGAAAAACCGGAGGAGGACAUUGAUAUUGCCAAUAGUAGAGUAUUUGUUUUGUUUCCACGUGUCACUGCAAGAAGUUGUCCACAAAUAGGCAACGCUCGUCCCGUCGGUCCUCCAGGUGGUUGGGUAGAUUCCAGGCCAGAGUCGCAAUUCGAAGAAAUCUGUAUUCACAAGGGGGUAGGAAUACCAGAGUGGGAACAAUUAGUACGAGUUGGAGAGGAGGAGGAAGUGGACAGGAGGAGGAAGCAGGAGAUUGAGAGUAACGAGAAGAAGAGAAGAGAGUUGGAAGAAGAAAUUGAGAAAUUGAACAAGCCAGACCUGGGGCACAAGCGGGGAAUCUCGUAUAGUCGGAGAAACUCGGUGGUAGUCGGGAAGUCAACCCCUUCAAGUCCAACUUCGGCGUGGCUCGGUGCACAGAAGAUACCGGAAAGGGGAUAA